AUGGAUGUGAAGAAUGUUUUCUUGAAUGAUGACCUUCAUAAAGAGGUUUAUAUGAUGCCUCCCCUAGGUGUUCCUCAUCAACUUGGUGAAAUUUGUAAGCUUCACAAAGCUCUUUAUGGUGGUGAUCAUGAUGGUAUUGAAUCAUUGAAGUCUGAGUUGGCACGUUCAUUCUCUAUGAAAGAUUUGGGCAUGCUACGUUAUUUUUUGGGAAGUGAGGUAGCUUAUUCUCUAAAAGGUUAUCUCUUAUCUCAAUCUAAGUACAUUGCUAAUUUGUUUAAGCGUGCUCGACUAACCGGCAACCGAAUUGUUGAUACACCCCUUGAGACCAAUGUUAAAUACUCACCGUCCAAUGACACUCCUUUGGAGGAUUCUGGUCUUUAUCGUACUAUUGUUGGUAGUUUGGUUUAUCUUACUGUAGCUCGCCUAGACAUUGCGCAUGCAGUUCAUGUGGUUAGUUAG